AACAAUAAUUUCUUUCUUUUCGAAAUUUAAUUUCUUUCUUCUUAUUCUUCUUCAUCUUCUUGACGAACUGAAAAAAACACAGUAAACCCAGAAAACAACAAUGGCUCCAACGCCAUCUUCUGCUUCCAAACAAACCCAGACCCAAAUCAGAACACCUCAAUCCAAGAACCGAUUGAAUUUCAAUUCGACGAGAAACAACAAUAAUCCGGCGAUUGAACAACACAACCCACCGGGGGAACACCCGGUGGAAGUCAUCGGAAGAAUACGAAACCACCCAGGCGAGCAAAAAGACAAAAACCCGAUCUCAUAUCUCCACAUAAACCCCGAUAACAAGACUCUCCGUGUCCGGGCCGAUAUCGGGUACCGGGAUUUUACCCUGGAUGGGAUUUCUUCUUCAGAGGAAGAGGAUCUUGAUACUUUUUACAAGAAGUUUGUUCAGUCGAGGAUAAAUGGGGUGAAAACUGGAGCUAAGUGUACGAUCAUGAUGUAUGGGCCUACUGGAGCAGGGAAAAGUCACACGAUGUUUGGGUGUUCGAAGCAGCCUGGGAUUGUUUAUAGAUCGUUGAAGGAUAUAUUGGGAGAUCUUGGGGAAGAUGACAGUGGAGGGGAAAGAUUGGGAAUUGGGACUUUUGUUCAAGUUACUGUUUUGGAGAUUUAUAAUGAGGAAAUUUAUGAUCUUUUGUCCAGUAAUGGUGCAGGUGGUUUUGGAAUUGGAUGGCCUAAAGGAAAUGGAUCUAAGGUGAAACUAGAAGUAAUGGGGAAGAAAGCAAAGAAUGCUGCUUUCAUAUCAGGAAGUGAAGCUGGAAAGAUUUCAAAAGAGAUUCAGAAAGUAGAGAAGAGAAGAAUUGUCAAAAGCACUCUCUGCAAUGAGAGAAGCUCUAGAAGUCACUGCAUGAUAAUUCUUGAUGUUCCAACUGUUGGAGGAAGGCUUAUGCUUGUGGACAUGGCAGGUUCUGAAAAUAUUGAUCAAGCAGGUCAAGUCGGAUUCGAGGCAAAAAUGCAGACUGCAAAGAUAAACCAGGGAAACAUAGCACUGAAAAGAGUGGUUGAAUCCAUUGCUAAUGGAGACUCUCAUGUGCCUUUCAGAGAUAGUAAGUUGACAAUGUUGCUCCAGGAUUCAUUUGAGGAUGAUCAGUCAAAGAUUUUGAUGAUACUUUGUGCAAGUCCAGAUCCUAAAGAGAUACAUAAGACAAUUUGCACCCUUGAAUAUGGAGCAAAAGCAAAGUGUAUUGUAAGGGGUCCUCAUACACCAUUGAAUGACAAAAAUGAAGAUUCUUCAUCAGCUGUUAAUUUAGGCUCUAGGCUUGCUGCAAUGGACCAGUUCAUAAAUAAACUACAAAUGGAGAGCAAGCAGAGGGAAAGAGAGAAAGACGAGGCGCGUAAAGCACUCCAAAAAAAAGAAGAAGAAGUGGCGGCACUACGAUCCCUUCUGGAAGUGAAGGGUUCGUGUUUAGGUUCGGGUGUGACCGAAGAUGAAAUCAACAUGAAGGUAAAUGAACGAACACAGAUGUUAAAACUCGAGUUGGAGAAAAAACUAGACGAAUGCAAACGAAUGGCUGAGGAAUUCGUUGAGAUGGAAAGAAGAAGGAUGGAGGAAAGAAUCCUGCAACAGCAAGAAGAAGUCGAGAUGCUAAGAAAGCGGUUGCAAGAAAUCGAAUUCGAGUUACGCAGUUCAAAGGAUGUUAAUGAGGAGAGUGAAUCAUCAAAUGAGUUGGAUGGAAGUAGCUUUGCCAAAAGGCUGGUUGGGAUUUAUGGUGAUGAGGUUCCAGGGAUGGUAAUGUCGAUGGAGCUUGACAUGAAUGAUCCCGAACCAUAUGUUCAUGCUGCAAAUCAAUCCGAAACCGAUUUUCCCCCACAGUUUGGCAUAAAAGCAGGCCUCACAACUGUAUAUGAAGAAGAAGAAACAGAAGAAGAGGAUGAAGAAGUGGAGAAGGUGAUCAUAGAGGAAAAGAGGAUAUGCUCGAACGAGAAAACUUUCGAAUCGGCGACUCCUACACAGCCGGAUUCUGAUACUUCAAGACUAUUAAGGAUCCAAAACAUCUUCACCCUUUGUGGGAACCAAAGAGAGCUUUCGCAACAAACCAGAACACCUGCAAAAUCAUCAGCCAUUACUGAAACCGUUGAACCACAUUGGCCCUUUGUUAUGGUAGCUGAUGAUUCUGUUGUGAGAAGCUUGAACAAGGAAAACCAAAUCCCUGAUGAAUGCACUGAUGGUCAGGUUGAUGUCUAUGUGAAAUGGGAAUCAUCCAAGGAAAAUUCUGGAAAGUUCAUCACAACACUCAAGGUUGCAAAUGAUGCAACUCUUGCGGAUCUUCGGAAGUUGAUCGAUAUCUAUCUUGAUGUAGAUAAUCAAGCUUUCUCUUUUCUUGUGCUUGGGGAUCCGACUGGGGCGACGGUGCCAAAAGAGAAUGAAGCCAUUUUUAAAGCCAGUAAACUGCCAAUAUGCAACAAUGGUUACCUGGCUUGCUUAAGGCCAGCAAAGGGUCUGCAGAUAACAAAUCAUCUGCCAUUGAGUCCACUGCAAUUGACUCCAUUACCAUUGACUCCAUUACCAUUGACUCCACUGGAAAACAAGCUUCCACUUGCCGCAAGCACUCGCUUGUUGAACCAAGGUGACGACUUAUCACCUAAGUUAUCGCCUCAUCUCAGUACCACUCCGUUUAUCAAUGCUCGAAGAAGACGAUAAGAUCGAUAUUUGCUUGAUUUUGUGCACUUGCAGAAGGAAUCGAAUGUUGAAUCUCAUGAAGCGUGUAUGAUAACAAUAUGUAUAUCAUGAAGUGUGUCUUCUUUUGGAUAUGGAUUUAAACUCAAUUUUCAUUGUCUUAUUGUU